GAAAAGCAAAACAAUCUUCCCCCUUGACCGGCGGUUUUUAGGUUUCUGGGGAGCGACAAAAACCCUCUCGGUAGCUCUGCAAUAGCGCGCAUUUAAAGAAAACGACAAGCUUUCUUAAAUGUUUAAUAUCGCUCGCACAAUCAGCAGCGCUACACCUCGCAGGGAGCCGGUUGUCUUUCCUCCAGUCUCCUAUCCUGUCCGACCAUGACUUCCAAGCGUCUUCUCCACAGGUCCUUGGUUGGGAUGAGGGUCGGUACUGCUACGGGCCAAGCCGGCAGCGGCAGUCAUGCAGCCGACGGCAAACCAUAUGGCAAGACCGGUGCGCCGGUGGACUGCGGGAUCAUGCUGGCGUGCAAGAGCGAUCACUCUUCGGGAAGCUUUCUGUACACACUAAUGUUGGAUGAUGGCACUUUGAGAGACCCCAGAGAAGAUGUCCUUCUAAAUGGCAUCGAUUUGACAGCACCGGGGAAAGAAAAAUUCAUUUUCGACCCGAAAAUAACAGCCCGUAAUAGCGACGUGGACCACCGCAUAGAAGCCGACCUGAUAGUGGUCCAGAAGAGAAGCCCGACCCACCGCCUGGUUCUCAACGGGAAGAAACUAGAUGACCAAAUGCACACAGAGGGCAGGGGCCCAGGGAGAAGAGGCGAGGAGCCCAGGAAGGACCCCCAGACGCCUCCUGCUGAUACUCCCCCUGAGGACCUCGACCCCUUGGCCUCCUCGCAUAUCCCCGUGCCCCGGAACAGGAAGGCAGCGGGUCAUGCGGACAAGGAGGUGAUGGCUGCCGCGGUGCUCACGUCUCUGUCAAGCAGCCCCAUGGUCCUCAACACCACCCCUGGGACCCCAGCUGCAGUACCGGAACCUGCCAGCAGGGGCUGGAAGGAGUGUCUCUCUGCCAGCUACAGCAGUUCCACCAGUGGGAAUUGGAGUUGGGACGCCAGUGACCAGUCGGUGCCCUCCACGCCAUCUCCACCGCUGUCCAACGACGUCAGCAAGGGCUUCCUGCUGCCUUCUCAGGGGGAGGACAACACGGAGGAGUCUGAGACCACACACUUCUUAUUUGAGGACCCCAUCCCCAGAAAACGCAAGAAUUCCAUGAAGGUGAUGUUCAAGUGUUUGUGGAAGAAUUGUGAGAAGGUCCUCAGCACCUCUUCAGGAAUACAGAGGCACAUCCGCACCGUCCACCUGGGGCGGAACGGCGACUCAGACUACAGCGACGGCGAGGAGGACUUUUACUACUCAGAGAUCGAGGUGAACAUGGACACGCUGUCGGAGGGGCUGUCCAACUUGACUCCCACCUCUCCUACCACCGCCACAGCCCCCCCUGUCUUUCCGGUGCCCGAGCUGCCCCACUCUGAGCCAGCGCACAUCGCCCUGCGGUGCCCGCCCUGCCCCACCCCUCUCAGCCAAUCAGCACCCUCCACGCUCUGCCACAUUCGCACUGACCACGCCUACCAGGGUCCGGCCGGCCCGAUCCGGCCCAUGGGCGUCGGUGAGAAGCGGCACUCGGUCCAGCACGCCACUGUGACGAAGAGCCACCCCCCCGCCAUCGCUGCACCCAAGCCCUCAGCAGGAAGCAGGAAGCCACGCGGCGAAGCCAAGAAGUGCCGUAAGGUGUACGGCAUGGAGAAGAAGGACAUGUGGUGCACGGCAUGCAGGUGGAAGAAAGCCUGCCAGCGCUUCACGGACUGAGCAGUGGGCUCCGGGGCCCACAGAGAGGCGCUGGGCCAGACCAACAGAGCCCUGUGACCCUGCACUUCUGCCCCCCCCCCCCCCCCCCCCUGUCGGAGGAGACGGAGACCUUUCUCGUGAUGAAACCCCAGUGCCCCGCCCCCGCCCUGACUCUUUGUGUGCCACACCACUAGGGGGCGACCUUUCUCUGGCCAAGGAAUACAGGAGGCAUACACAAAAAAACAAAAAAAAAACAAAAACAGGUUUAAAAAAAAAAACAACAAAACAAAACAAAACUUUGAGAAAAAAUGGCAUAUUUGCUUGAGCAGCAUUGCUUUUACAUGUCGACAAUUUUUGGGGGAAUGUAAACGCAAAAAAAUAGCCUACCUGACUCAGACGAUUAAUCUGCAAUCUGCUGGUGUGGAUUUUCUGAUUUUUCAUGUCUUCACCGAAAGACAUUAAUGGUGAAGAUUUUCAAUAAGCUCUUUUUGGAUUCAAAAAAGGUCCUUCUCUUCCUGGUUGUCUGAUUAAUUAAGCUACUUUUUCAUUUAUGAUCUGAAAUGAAUUUACAUUUGUAGUCUGACACCUUGAAGCAUAUGUGAGGGUCUCUCUACAGAGGAGUGAUUAUUUGAGCUGUUUCUUACCUUGAAAACUGUUGGUAUAUGCGCUCAAUUGUAGUCCCAUAUUGGCUGAUACCUGACAUAGACUGUUCAUUAUAAAUGUUUUCACUACCAAUGUUAUGGUUCUUAACGACCCUAAAUAGGACAUUCCAGGUCUAUACCUGCCAGCCAAGUCUCGAUAUUACAAACUUCCAGACUCUUAACUGGACUUUUUAACAAUUAAAUUAAUUUUGAUAUGAAGAACACCUCAUCACACUACAGUUACAGCAGAUGAUUUGGAAUUGAAUAUGCUUCCCUGACUUGGGAUAUUAGUUUGUGCUUUUUUAAUUUUCAAGUGAUUAUCCUACAAAGUUCCAAACUCGUAUGAGUCCGCAGGAGCGGAUUUGCUGCUUCUGGGGCCCCACAUUAAAAAAAAAAAACACCGCCCUCCCCACCUGGGGCCCCCCAUACCUGUGAGUGGUUUAAUUUGGCUUCAUUCGCCCCAUAAAUAGACCUUUGUAUUUAAAUUAAGUUGUCCUCGCCAUAUCAAACUGUCUCCUAUGCUGUUGGUGACGGAUAACGCGAUAAGUGAAUUGAUGUAUACCAACAGUUUUGACGGAAAGAGACAACUAAGUGUCUUUUUUAGGGAAGCGCCUUGUGAAAAUCGUAGUUUAUUACUUCUACGUUAUUUUUUUAAUUACUCGCUAAAAUAAUUUUCGUCAACCGUACUUCUACCAAAGGAAAAGUCGAAGGCAUUCUCUACUUAAAUUCUGAGUUCCUAAAUUGUGACAAACAUUUGACAUUCCGCCCAGGAAUCCGUUAUUGCUAAUUAAAACUCCGACCUGAAAGCUGAACUCAGAAAGUUAAAAUUUCGCUUUUUUUUGGGAAGCAAAUAAUAUUUUUUUAAAAGCAAAGCUUUCAAAUCUUUCUGCUUUCUGUAUCACCAAAUAAAAAUUAAGCUUUCAGACCCGAAAACUGUUUUAAGGAAAAUUUAUAUAUAUUUUUCUUUUUCUAUACCUCUUAUGUAGAUUUGCACCUUUUCAUGAUUUUCACUGAGUUCUUCAUGUAACUGCAAGUCGGCUUUUGAUUUGUGGUAGCCUAUAUGUACAGUAGUGAAACCUGUUAAGCUGAACGUCGGGCUGUUGCGGCAUAUAAUCACAAGAACGGAAACGAAAUGUUGUCCUGACAACUUUUAACGUUGAAAUACAAGGUAGUUGUUUGUCUAAAUACGGAUACGGAAAGCCAAGUUAGAGACUGCUGUAUUUUUGAUAAUAUGGUAUUUUUGUAACAUUAUGCAGAUGCAGUAUUAUGAUUGUAAAUGGAUUUUUUUUUCUUGCAAAACAUUAUAGGAGAUUGUUAAACGUCUGCUUUUCGGGGGCCAUUUCUUCGUUUGUCGUGAUCCGUUUAAAAACUUUUUUUUUUUUUGUGGGAUUGUCACCAUUCGCUGACUGGAAUUGGAAAUUGUUGUCACUGAACGGGGCAUCCUUUGCUUAAUGGCACUGUAACACCUUUUAUACAGUUAAAGAAACAUGUUAAGGA